AUGCCUUCAUUCGCAGAUCUGAAAGCCAAAGCCGCCAGCGCAACUAGUAGCGGCGUUGAAAAGUUACAGAAUGUUCGCGAUCGAAAUACCAGUGUCCCCAUGAAAAAAACUAACUGGGAUCCUUACAGUGGAAAUCCACCUCCACCCCCUCCACCACCAAGAAUCAAUCAGAAAUCAAGGCCAGCUGAACUCGCACCAUUGCCACCUCCCCCGAGUCGUACAGGUUCAAUCAUACCACCCUCAAUAUCUUCAAGUAGAUCCACUGGAUCAACGGCACCGCCUUUGCCAUCACGAGGACCGGUGUCCUCUCCGCCUUUACCUCCACGAGGACCGGUGUCCUCUCCACCUCUGCCGCCUCGAGGACCGGCGUCCACUCCUCCGCUGCCUCCCCGAGGGUCAUCAGCAGCUCCGUCCCCGUCCCCGGUCCCACCUACCCGCAAUUUUGUACCCACGGCUCCCUCAGCGGCCGGGCCUCCUCCCAUAGUUCGUGCGACUCGUCCUCCCAUAAUUGGGUUCUCGAUCUCCCAAGAACCAACGAUAGACUGGACUAAUAUAUCUGCACAAGACAAAGAGACAUUCUUUGCGUGGUUGGAUGAAUAUUUCUCUAAGCUCCUUGGGAUACAAGUUCCGUCCAACACCAACAGUUCAGUUGGUCACCCGUCACCUUUCCGGGGUCCUACUAAACCGGCGUCAUGGAGGCCCUCGUUUGGUGGAAUGUGA